UGGCAAGUUGUUUGUUACAGCGAACACCAGCUGCUGCUGCGCCGGGCGCCGCGCUCCGCCGGGCGCUGUUUGCUUGUCCACCCUGUAGCUUGCUGCACCCCGCAGGUCCUCCCCAGGCCUCCUUUUUUUUUUGCAACUUGCCAAGCUUCUUUUUUCUGGAUCGAGUACGAAUCAGCCCGGCAUCGAGCUCCGGGCCCCCUUCCCUGGGCCGGUUGCCCCACGGCUUGGGGCGCACAGGGGGCGGGGGCCGCGGCUCGUCCUCGUCCCCGUCCCCCCCCCCCAACUCGGGCCACCGCGGAUGAUCCGCCGUGGAGGAGCCCCGGGCGGACGAUGGAACUGCACAUUCUGGAACACCGGCUGCAAGUUGCCAGCGUCGCCAAGGAGAGUAUCCCGCUCUUCACCUACGGCCUCAUCAAACUUGCCUUCCUGUCUUCCAAGACCAGGUGCAAGUUUUUCAGUCUAACAGAGACCCCUGAGGAUUACACCAUCAUCGUAGAUGAGGAGGGUUUCCUUGAGCUGCCCUCUUCAGAGCACCUGAGCGUGGCGGAUGCCACCUGGCUGGCCCUGAACGUGGUGUCCGGUGGCGGCAGCUUCUCCAGCUCCCAGCCCAUCGGUGUGACAAAGAUCGCCAAGUCUGUCAUCGCCCCACUGGCCGACCAGAACAUCUCCGUGUUUAUGUUGUCCACCUAUCAGACUGACUUCAUCCUGGUGCGGGAGCGGGACCUGCCCUUCGUCACUCACACCUUGUCCUCGGAGUUCACCAUCCUACGCGUUGUCAACGGAGAAACAGUGGCGGCUGAGAAUCUCAGCUUCACCAAUGGCUUUGUGAAGCCCAAGAUGGUCCAGAGGCCAGUCAUCCAUCCACUGUCUAGCCCAAGCAACAGGUUCUGUGUCACCAGCCUGGACCCUGACACGCUGCCCGCUGUCGCCACCCUCCUCAUGGAUGUGAUGUUCUACUCCAAUGGAGUGAAGGACCCCAUGGCUGCCAGUGACGAUUGUGGCCACAUCCGCUUCUUCUCCUUCUCGCUCAUUGAGGGCUACAUCUCACUGGUGAUGGACGUACAGACCCAGCAGAGGUUCCCGAGUCACUUGCUAUUCACGAGUGCAUCUGGAGAGCUCUGGAAGAUGGUGCGGAUAGGAGGACAACCCUUGGGAUUUGAUGAGUGUGGGAUUGUAGCCCGGAUCUCCGAGCCCUUGGCAGCGGCAGACAUCCCGGCAUAUUACAUCAGUACUUUCAAGUUCGACCAUGCAUUGGUUCCAGAAGAGAAUAUCAGUGGGGUUAUCCAUGCCCUGAAGGUCAGUCAAGCAGGGAAGCAUUAGAAAAGACUCGUCUCUGGGCUCCUCCCUGCCACAGCCCACCUGGGCCUUUCCCACCCCCACCCCCACGAAGGUUAUUCUUGCAGUAUUUCCCUAUGGACUGUAAAGCUCGGCCCCAGGACCUUUAAGGAAGGGGCCUCUGGGAUAUUCCCCUGAUUCCUGACUCCUCCUAAGCUAGGGCCACCCCCACAUCCUCCUCCUGCCUUCCAGAGUCCCCAGCCUUUUCAAUAAUGACUCUGUUUCCGCUCGGUGGGGGUGUGCCCAUUUUCCUCCCCCAAGUUCCACCCCAGAAAGCGGUCUCCGAGGCCCAGGACACUUGGGACCAGCCCAAGGCCUCACCCACAGCCCGCAGCAAACACCAAAGGAAGCUGGCACCUCCCGUGAGUCCCUGGGAUUGGGGUCCUGAUGCCCCUAGGGACAUCUUAGGGAGUUGGUGGAGCAAGAUUGGGGGUGCAGAGCUGGGGAAGCCCCCGUGAGCCCCCCCCCAGAAUUGACGGUUAUGGUUGCUGCUCUAGUUUUAGAGGUUCAGGGGCUGGUUCCCUCAGAAUGGAGGUCAGCAGGCCACCCUCAGGUCAUAAUGGCCAGUGAGCCUCAGACAGUAGCAGUGGGAUCCCUACCCCUAUGCUGGGGAGAAAGGCCAAGACUCUAGAACGCCACCUGCUGACCACACAGGGCCUGUGUCGAUUUCCUCUACAACUGCCAAGAGGGGCCCUGGGCCAAACUCUCCCCCCCCCCCCAGAGCGCUUGUCCCUGGAGGGGAAUCCCAGGACACCUCCUCUCCCACCAGCCUAGAGCGCCAGCUUCUAUCUGUCCUUUGUUCGCUCUCCCCAGACCCAACGCGGGCAAGCAAAGACUCGGCUUCUUCCAGCAAUGGGCAUCCUCACCUGCCCAGGCCUGGGGUGCCUUGGGCCAUGUCCCACCUCCCCAGCUGUCACUUAGACCAGCCUAGAGAAUUCCCCAUCAUCCUCUCUGCCCCACUUUUAGGGGCUGUAGAGGCCUCAGCCCCCCCCCCCCCCCGCAGCUCAUAUACCUGCCCGAAGUACGCACAGCUAUCUGUGGUCACGGUCAUACCUGGGGAGGCAGGUAUCUCGGAGCAUUUGUAGGGAGACAUUACACUCGCGGGUUUCUUCUUCCUUGUAUUUGCAUACAGGUGGUUGGGGAAAGCGUAGUUUGUUUGGAGGGGGUGGAGCCUGUUCGAGUCUUAUUAGGGUGCCCAGGGUUCAGUGAGACCUGGCACCCUGUGUCAUAAGAAUCCUGGCCGUGUCUUCUGAGGAGGGCUAGUGGGAGCAGAGCUCUGACACAAGACACCGGGACCCCAGAGCACCCCCUACAGGACAUGCCAGUGUCCCGCCACCUGCAUGUGGCACUGUUAGCUGGGACGGCGGGAGGGGGCGGGGGGGGGUCCACCAGACUUUUUGCUCUUGGGGUAUUUUGUCAGGCGGCCCUGUCUCCAACAACAAGGUCAGAGGAGGAAUGUUUAUUUAACCCUGAACAGUCUUGUACAAACUGUGUUUCUCUCCUCUCUGGGCCACAGAAACACACCGGGGUGGAGGAACUAGUCUAGAAUCAUGCAGAAGCCAGAACCCAGCAUGUUAAUCAAAAUCACCUCUGUGGUUGGUUUUGGUGGGUUUGGUUUGGUUUUGGUUUUGGUUUGAUUUUGUUUUUGUUUUUGUUUGUUUUUUGUUUUGUUUUGUUUUAAACUCCUUCUGCACAAAACCCUUAAAACCAAAUCUUAUUAUUUUCUGGUCCUGAACGGGAAAUGGCCAAGUGGGCGGGGCUUUAUAGCAAGGCCCCUGAGUCCCCUUUUUCUCUCUCUGGAAGGCCUUGAUUGUCCGGGGUACACAUCCCCGGAACCCUUUCUGUGUCCCUUCCCAGUUAUCCCUUCCCACCGUAUAAGUGUGCUGGCUCCCCGCCCCCUGCCCCACCGUUGUGUGGACCCCUAGACUUCCUAGGAUGAGACUGUGUAUUGUACACACCUAUAAAUACGUGUUUUAUGUUGAUAGAGAUAUAUUCUGUAAAUAGCAUAUAUACUUGAGCAAUAUAUAUGUUAAUAUAUUCUGUGUGCGCAGGACACAGGCAAGGGCCCCCACCUCAUGUGCACACACUCGGGGACAUUUUGAGCCACCAUAUAUUUUUAAUUCAAAUAUGUAGGCAAUACGAUGAGUGGAAAAGCCCUGGGGUCCUGAGGCCAGCCUGGAGGGGAGACAGAACCAACAACCUACCACUGGUGGGGCAGGCUGAGAGGGCCAGUGUAGACUGCUUCAUAGCUACUGUACCCCCAUUUCCACAGCCUAGAGCUCUGGAUGCCUUUAUUUUAUUUGGGAGGGGGAGCUUUGAUCCAGAGGAGGGAUUGGGUUUUUGUUGUUGUUUUUGGUUUUGUUUUUGGGUUUUUUGUUUUGUUUUGUUUUUUUAACAGUGGCUCCCUCCCUCAGGGUUACCCCAAAACCUUUGUCUGGUAAACCUAUCUCUCCCAGCCUGCCUCCCUCCCGAGUCCCUUCCCCCAUAGAAAGCUGUAGACCUGGCAUCUUACCUGACUUUUGUUGUUAUUGUUGUGUUGUUUUCGUGAGGCAGGGUCUCUUUAGACGGCCCUGGCUGUCCUGGAACU